AUGGCCGAUUACAAGCAGCUCAAGUGGGCCGACGACAAGCGGUGGACGAACUUGCGCAAACGUGGCACGUACAAAGCGUUGGCGGAAGCCAGCCACCGAACAAACGAUGCCCAGUGGCUGGCCAACGACGAGGCGACGGCAGGGCGGCUGGCCGACGUCAAGCGGACCACGGCCGCGCUGUACAAAGCGCUCGGCACCAGAGACAACGCGGUGGGCCACCUGCUGCCGGACGGGCCACUCGUCGGCAGGGCCGCGUACUGCAGGAUGGAGGCGGCCGAGGCGGCCGAGCGGUCGCUGCGGGACAAAAUGGUUCGCGGCCAGCACCAGCUGAACGAGUGCCGGCAACGGGUGGCCAACAAGACGGCGCGCCUGGCCCAAUUGAAGGCCAGAGUGGCCGCGGCCAGGGACUCGCUGCCGGCCAAGCCGCGGCGGCCGCCGGUGUUGGAGUCCGCGCUGAUGCUGGACAAGAAAGUGGACGCCCUCAAGCUGGGCAACCUGCAGGCGGCCAAGGCCCGCGACAUUAUCGCCGACAACACGGCAAUGAGGGACGCGCUCAACGAGCAGUUGGCGUCUGACGUCCGUCUACAGGCCACGGCAGUGGUCGAGCUCCUUGUUUACGGUACGGCCGCCAAGCAGGAGGCGGUCGCGUACAUCCGGGAAUACUGCCGGGUGGCGGGCGAGCACGAGAGUUCUAUAAAACGGAAAAAAGCGUUUAAGCAAAUGCUCAAUACGAGAAUAUCGACACUGGAAUCGAACAGGACAAAGAUGCUAAUCAAUCAAAUACACAAUGAUUCUGGCGAGGACAUUGAAUUUGAUACUGGACAGGAUAUGACACCGAUUGUAUCUGAUUUGGAAAUUCGAAGCAAAGCAGGUGAUAAAAACCUGAUGUUGUUGAAGGAUUGGAUCGACAACGGACAAAUGGAGAAACAAAUGUUUGCCAUGAAAGAAAAUGCGGCGAUGUCUAGUCUUACCGAUGUGAAAAAUCCAAUCGAUGGCUCGAGUUCAAGCACCAUGGAUGAUUUUAUAUUUCCCGAAGAAAAGGUCAACCAAUACAAGUUCAAAGAAGGUGAAUCAAGCAGAGCAAUGGAAGCUGUAGAAUACGUAUGUGAGACGUUAAACUUCUCAAACAUAGCAGAAGUACUGCAUUAUUUUUCGUCAGUUAAAAAUGUGGAGAUGCGAAUAAAAAAAAUGAUAAGCAAGCGAAAACAUAUACUCGGAGUCGUAGAAAAGAAUUUAGCAUCUGCGAACGAACUGAAAAUAGAAAGUUUAAAUCGUUUACCAGAAGCGAUUUUGAAGUUAGAUGCAAACAUUGAGCAUGUCAAGCGUGAGGGUUUAGAGGUCCAGAAAAAACAAUUGGAGGAUGUCAACAGACGCAUCACAGGGUACGGUAUCCUGUUCAAUGAACUUUGGUUCCAGUUAGAUAAUCUCGUGGAAAAACUCGAACGAUGCAAGGUCCCAGUGGUGAGGAAAUAUCAACUCCACAUGAAUAACCCGGCCAAUAUAGACACCGAGGUGAUGAUGGACGCUCGUGAAAUGCUAAAGGGACUGCGCUUGAAACCUUGUACCGUCGUUGACGAAGACUGUAUCACAAUCCACAAACCUUCAGCGGUCGCUUCGAUCGACUCUUCACCCGGAUGCCGGACGGUGGACGUCUCUGACAGGAAUCCGGCCGUUGACGCUUGCCGGAAGUUGUCCGAAAAACUGUAUUCCAAGGUGAAGUCGUGCAUGGCACACCUCGGCGGCACCUUCGACGCGAACGACAAAAAACAGCUGAUGGCCCGGGCGUGCUUCGCGUACGACCGGCAGACCCAGUUGCAAUGGGACGCCAUCAACACGAAGGACCGGAAGCGCCGGAUGCGAGCCAGUUUGCAACUCCCGGUGGGGAAGGCCAAAGCCUCGGUGACUGACUCCAGGGCUACCGGCGGUAUAAUGACUCGGGUGCAGACCAAACAGCAGGCCGAAGACAUCGUCCAGUGGUGCAUCACGCCCAAGGACACGGACGACGCGAAGAGGACGAGAAAGCCCAUAUCGUUCCGGAAGUCCCGGAUCAUUGUGCCAGAACGAAAAAAUUAA